UAUUUAAACUAUUUAAAUUUUAACAUUUCCAAAUUUUAUAUUGGAUUAUUAAAUAUGUUUAUUAAGGAUUAUUACCAAAAGAACACCAUAAUUAUGUUCUUCUUGUUCUUGUUGGUAGCUACACAUGUUCUUGUAGACGUUUUUACGUUAGCUGGACCAACAGAAACAGCGAAGCCAGUGAAACUCCGGCAAAAAAAUGCCGAGAUACAGACAGCAUUGCAACGUUGAUAUCAGGCAAUUGCGUGGCUGCAGCUGAGCUCGUUGAGCGUGUGCCUGGGAUGCCUGCCGCUGCCGCUGUCCCUUAUAUGGCCGCAGCCCAGCGUGCCAUCCGCGCGCAGCCUGGAGGACAUGAUCGCGGAGGCGAUGCUGAGCAGCCGGCAGGACGACCGCCUGACUCUGGCGUUGGCCCCGGAUGAGCGCCUCCAGCAGGGGGAACUGCGGCGCCCCCGCCUGGGCAAGGACGCGACGUUCAGCUGUGAGGCGCCGCCCGGGGGCGAUUGGCGCUCGCUGACCUGGCUGCACCGCGGACGCACCGUCUUCGAAGGAGGCCACGCCCCGCCGGAAGACCCUGCGCAGCGCUAUAACAUCAGCCGGGUGGGUGACCGCCGCCUGCAGCUGGUGGUCCUCAACGUCACCGCCUACUCGGGCGGGCCGAUCCUUUGCGUGGAUGCCACGCCCACUGCGAGCAGCUACACCGGCCAGCCGCGCGUUCUGCGCCGCUUCACGCUCCUCCCACUGAUUACCCGCGCCAGCGAAGUCUUCGCGCCGCUGCCCGAGGGCGGGGCGCGCCUGACCCGCGUAGGCGGCAGCGUGACCAUCCCCUGCCGCGUCCGUUUACCACUCCCAGACGGAGUCCUGCGCAACCUGGAUAACCAUGUUUUCUGGCGCUGGAUGGGCCGUCUGUACCGGCCGCCCACGGAGCUGCCGUACGGUGCGCUGCCUUCCUCGCAGGAACCGCCCAUCUUCACGGUGAAUUGCCACCGGAAACCAGCGGUACCCAGUAAUCUUCCCGGACAGUUUAUCGACUACGCACUAAAAGUGGGAAAUCUCCCAGCCACCGCUGCCACCGAGCUGCAGUGCUUCUUCCGACCGCAUGAAGGCGUCCAUGAGUGGGUCUUUCAAACCGCUACGAUCACUGUGACCAACCAAUAGCUGCUCAGUUUAUUAUAGCACCGAAAGUUGGUGUUCGGAUAUCAAGUCUGCUGUCUGCGCAAUUAUAUAUCUCUGCACCGAUCAAUAAAUAACUAAGAAAAUUACCGCCACGAUCUGUUUCUAAAAAAACGCAUUAGCGGGAUCAGACGAAUCAAUUCCAUAAAUCGGGUUCGCUCUCUACUCGUAAUGAU